CCGCACAUCCUACCCGCCCCGCACUGCCCUGACGACGCCGAGGAGAGGCCUCGUUGAGCUCGAGGACAAGUUCGAGUACCGUAGCUGAGCAUUGGACAUAUCUCUGCCGUCGCAGGAUCAUCCCUUGCACAUCGUCCUGCCGCGGGGCUUGGCGAGCCAAGGUGCAACGAUCUCUUGGCGGGAAUAUAGGCUCUGGACCCUGCAUCAGAGCUGAAAAUCGCCCAUCUCAAUCAUUCCCGCCCGCCGUUCCUCUACCUGACCUCCUCCUUCCUCCUUGCCCUAUCGAUCCACCUCUCGAGUCCUCUCUCUCCCUUUCUCUUUCCUUGGCACAUUCCUUCCUUCCUUUGGUGGUCCUCAUGUCAUCGUAGUGCAUCGGCAGAUCUCUUUCCCGCUGAGGGACGACGGACAUGAAGUUCGCCCAGUACCUCGACCGCAAUGCGGUGGAAGAAUGGAGGAAGGCUUACAUCAAUUACAAGGGGCUCAAGAAGCUCAUCAAAAGAGUAGAGGAGCAUCACAGGCAACGCCUCCUCGUCCUCGCAUCGUUGGAUAGUCCCAAUUCCGAUCGCCUCUCCCUCGGCCCUCCGCGUGCCAAUGCCUCGCGAAAGCAGCAAGAAACCCUCACUGAGCUUCGCGAGAGGGUCAAAGCUGCACAGACAGGUACCUCUGGCGGCUACGGAGCAACUGGCCGAUCAGAGGACUUGGCUGCCAGUCCUCCGCCCCCUCAUGAGCUCAGACCAGUGCUCCUAGAUGGAACUGGCUUGAAGAUAUCGCAAGCAGUCAAGGAUCGUCUCAGUGCAGGCAAGAAAGGCGGCAACACUAGGACGACAGGAGUAGUUGCCGACGCUGACACCAGGGGAGGCGAUGUAGAGUCGGGGCAAGCCCGAAGAGGGGAAGGCACCGAUCCGCACAGUAGCGGGACAGAGGACCACAUGCCGGAACGAGACAUAGUAGAACAAGAGAUGGAAAGCUCUUCGUCCCCUUCCAAAAGGAGCGAUACGACAGGCGGUGGAAACGUUCCUGAGGGUAAGCCAAAGCCUGCCAAGAGCGAUUCACCCACCGGUAACAAGUCAAAGAAGGCCAAGAAGCAGCCACCAAAGCGCCUAGAUGAAUACUUGUCCCACUUCUUUGAUCCGGCCGAGAAGACAUUCUUCCUCACCCUCGAUUCCGAGCUCGAGAGGAUCAGCGACUUCUACGAGGACAGGCUCGCUGAGGCCCAAGUCAAGUUCGACGAGCUCAUCUUCCAGCUCCGCGAGCUCGCAGAGCAUC